UAUUGUGAAACUGAACGAAAAAAAACAAAAAAAAAACGAAAAUUUUCAUAUAACGAUAAGGAAGCAAGUGUUAGAUUAGUGGUAGUCAGUAGUGUGACCUGUGCUGAAGAAAAGGAAGGAUGGGCAAUGUGAUAAGCUUCUGUUUUCUCUGGUAAAAGGUAAAAUGGCAAAUCCUUCUAGACAUAUAUGAAAUCCCCAGACUAAGUCAAGUUAUGGUGUUAGUGGGCUGACUCUGAGCAAAGCAAGAAAAAGAUUGUAGCUUUGAAAAGGGGAGAACAGAAAGUCAAGACACUCCAGUUGCAAAAAGCCCUUAAUACCAACGAGGCAAAAUGCUGCAACAAAUCCUAGAUCAAAUGUACAUCGACCCUGAGUUGAUGGCAGAGCUCUCUGAAGACCAGAAGCAGAUACUGUUUUAUAAAAUGCGACAGGAACAAAUUAGACGCUGGAAGACUCAUGAAGAACAGAUGGAAGCAGAGGACAAAAAUCCAACAUGUAUGAAAACAGGCAAAAAGAAGGUACAGUUCAUGAAGGCGCGAGAUGGCAGUGACUGGGUCUGGGUGAUGGGGGAGCAUCCCAAUGACAAGAGUAUUGAACAGAUUCUUCAAGAGGAGGCCUUGCUGACUGCCGCCAAAUUAGCAGAAGCUGAGGCCAAAGUACUUAGAGAAAAGGAAGAAGCGGAGUUACAGAAGAGAUUAGAAGAGGAAAGACAACGUCUUCAGAAAGAAAAGGAAGAGAGAGAGAAUGAAAUGAAGCGUCAACAGGAAGAGGCAGCCCUGUAUCAGUCCAUCAAGGAGGCAAGACUAGCCCUGGAGAGAAUGGAGCUAGAGAAGAAAAGGCAAGAAGAAGAAGAGAGAAAACGUUUAGCAGAAAUUGAGCAUUCCAUAAACUCCAAACAAGAUGGCCGUGUGUCUAAUAAAAGCCAGUCACUGAUACUUAACUCCCCCUUUUUGUCGGAAAAAGAGAAAGAGGCCAAAAGGAAAUCCCGAGAAUUCUCUGACUUGAUGAGGGAGAAAAGAAGCAGUGAAAUUUAUACUUCGCUAUUGAAGAAGAGAGAAUCAAUGGAGAAACUAGCAGAAGAGAAUCAGAGUGAGGUGGAGACAAAUUGGCAGGAGCAAGAAAAAAAAGCCAAAGAAGCAGAGCUACAGAUGAGAGAGAAGGCCAGACAAGCCAGAACAGAAUACAGGGAGUCACUGAGACGUUCCAUGAACAUCUUGCAGGCAACUCAAGUCCUGCAAAAUUCUACAAAACCAGCUCCGUCUAAUAACAAACCUCCACUGCCACCAAAAAAACAUUUAAUAGUGACCAGUGCUCCAGGCAUCACAAACAAAAAACCAAGACCACUCAGACCAAAGAACCGCGAACAAGUGGUCAGUUGGUUUCAGAAAGAUGAAAAACAAAAAGGUUCUGGUUUGGACCCAAAGACUGGAAAGGUUGCUGAGUGGUUCCAUGGCAUAAUCAAUCGAUCUGAAGCUGAAGCUAUCCUCCAGGACAAGAAGAGUGGCUCAUUUCUCAUCCGAGUCUCUGAGAGAGUUUGGGGUUAUACAUUAUCUUUAAAAGAGACCAGUGGACUGAAACAUUUUCUGAUUGAUGCUUCUGACUUGGGAUAUCAGUUUUUUGGUGCCGACCAGACAAUACACGAUUCUUUAGCCAGUCUGGUCCUCUUUCAUAAGGACAAUGCCAUUACAGUAUCAGGACAAGAAAAACUUCUAUAUCCAUGUGGUCAACGAUCUGAUCCUCCUGACUACUGGGAGUUAUUUCAUUCUACAGCUUCAGAGAUAACAUCUCUUUAGUUUUGUGUCGUUACCAUGAAGUCAUAAUGUGAUGUUACAUUGUCAAGUGGAAGCAUUCCAUCAACAAUUAGUCAAGGGCCAAACACAGAUAACUCUGCCUGUGGAGCAGACAAUUGAGCCAAAAUGUGCAUGUUAUUAUGGUCCUACAAGCAAAUUAGCUAAAAGCAUUUUGAUGUACAACCUGGGUGUCCUCUUUAUUCGUAUUGUUUGGUUUAAUUGUUAGUUGGAUUCAUUCAAGAAAGAUAGACUUGGUAGAAAGAUAAAUGAUACUGUACUACAUUGAUUCAAGAGAUUUGUGGACUACAGUGCUAGUUAAUAGGCUCAAUAGGAUGGUAUGGUACAGACUCAAUGUGUUGUAGAAGUAUGUACUGUACUGGCAUAUAUAUGCUAUAUAGAAUGUAGAGCUAAAGACUCAGAAAAAGAAUGUAGUAUAGACUCAAUGUAGUAGUAUAAACUUUAGAAUGUAGUGGUUAUAACUCUAGUAUAAUGUAGUUUUAACUUGUGGCAUAGACCUAAUAGAUUACGAAAUGUCUAGUCUUGGCUGUUUAUUAUUUUUAAAAUAGGAUUUUUGUGCCUUAUGAUAUUGUUUUAAAUCUUAAUUUUAUCAAUUGUAACAUUUUGUAAACCUGAGUUUAAAAAAAAACUUAAAUUUUUUGUAUGAAAAUACUUAUAAAAUGUUUUACACGCAUUAUAUUUUUUUGUAAAUAGACAUUUUUUAGCCAUUUAUUUUGAGAUUAAGUUUUAAAAUAAGAAUAGUCAGUACUCUCAUUAUUAUAUUAUCUUGUACAUAGACACUAUAGCAAGGUCAAAGGCCUGAUGUGAAUCAAACAGGGAGAUCACUCCUUUUACUUUCAAGCAGAAGUGAAUAUUUUAUUUUUAUUAAAUUUCAUAUCAAAGGGUAAAGGGACACAAUCUGUCUUUGUUUUUUUUUUUGGUCAAAUUUAAAAAUAGCGAAAUCUCUAUACAUUUCCAAGCUGUAGUGUGAACUUUAGUGUAUUUCCCUCAAAGAACAAAAUUAUUUGUUUAUUUAAUUGCUGUCUCCCAUUUAAUAAAGUAUGAUUUAGCUUGGUAGUAUUUUUUAAACUUGGAAUGUGGCUAUUUUACUAUUACUUGCAUGAUCAGACUGUAUGGACUUUACAGUAGCUGUUAUGACUUUGGUCUUUACAUUGUAGAUAUCCAAUUUGAGUAGGACAAUACUUGGUAGCCAAUGUGAUCUAGCACAAAAUACUAUUGGAGUGUUGUUGUCUUUUUUUUUUUAUUGAGUAUUUUACUGAAGAGACCUUAUAUUAAGUGUACAUAUUGACAAUGUAGUAUGAUAUAUAAAUUUGUGUACAUUGAUAAUUUAGAUCCGACUAUUGUAUACUGUAUAUUCAUCUAUAUCUAUGUCUAUCUGGAGUGUACCAGUACUGCUGCUUUAUAUUUUCAUCAUGAAUAGUAUACCCAUAACUAAUCAAACUUGAAUACUGUCAGAUCUCAUUGUCUUAGGCAUGAUUGAAGAGUGUGAACAGUAAAUAAUUAAGCUAUUUUGCCAUACUCCCUGGGUUUAGCUUGCAUAGAUGAUAGGUAUCCUUUUAAGACCUUGUGAUCCAUGGAUGCAAAUGAUGUAAAUCUCAUCUGUUUCUAUGGCCAGCAAGGGUGUCUUUGGCCAGCAAGCAUGACUUUGGCCAUCACAAUGACCAACUGCACUCAUAUGUCAGGUAGCUUUUAGAGUUGGAUGGACUCAGGGGUGUCCUAAAAAUCCCCAAAUCAAAAUGACUAGGAUUUGAACUUGAGACCUCUCAGUUCAAAGGUCAUGUUGUGCAUGGUGGCAAAGCACAUAGAUGUUACACUAUGAAAUAAUGUCAUGUGGAAAUGAAGUAAAUAGAAGACAAUGAGGUUUGAGACCCCUGGGUUCAAAGGUCAUGUUGUGCAUGGCGGUAAAGCACAUAGAUGAAAUGAAAUAAUAGUGAAUAGAAGACAAUGAGGUUUGAUUGUAUCUAGAUUUUUGUUAAAAUUUGUAUCAAGAUUAUUGCAUGAAUCAAACUUUAAAAAAUUCAAUACCUUUUUUUUAAUGACUAAACUUGAAUACUUGGAUGCAUGAUAACAAACUGUUAUUUGAAUCAAAUUCGGUACUAUUUGUUUCUAUCUCUUAGUUAUCAACACUAUGUGCAAUAUGAAUUGUUAUGUUCUAGCCAUGAAUCAAAACUAGAAUUUACUGUAAAGCUCUUUAAAACUAGACUUGAUUAUCAAAAUAAUUGACUGUGUAUUGAUGUUACAUAUAGGACAGUUUUACAAUGUCAUCUCACUCUAGCUAACGUUAAUAAUAAUUUUAUGUAUAAAGCGCUGUUGACAAACAAAAUGUAGGCUCAAGGCGCCGUUUACAACGUUACAAACACGAGAACUAAAAUUACAAAUGAAUGUAAAAUAUAACAAAUACACUUCACACUAAAACAAAUAUAUCGUACAACCUAACAAAGACACAUCACACUAUAACGUAUAUUCGUCACUAUAACAAAUACACAAUAAUAGAUAACGAAUUUCAUUCCUAAGUUUAAAAGCGUGUCAUGGCGUGGCCCAUCAUUCCCAGAAAUCUUCUGCAGAGGCUGUUAACUCCAAUGAAUGUUCUGCCGAGGCUGCUAACUCUAAUGAAUGUUCUGUACAUUUUCAUCUGGUUAAUACUUCACUCUGUGAUCAUCUCUUUGUAUCCCUUAUAUAGCUCUCUUUGUAUCCCUAUAUAUAGCUCUCUUUGUAUCCCUUUAUAUAGCUCACUUCGUAUCCCUAUAUAUAGCUCCUCCUUUGUGGUUGAAGAUAUGCACAUUUUGCAUUUUCUAUGAAGAUAACUGUUAAGUCCAAUCCUCACUUUGAAAAGCCAGUUGCACAUGUGCCAAGGGUAUGCUUCUCUUAGCUUUUUGUUGCCUAUGUGUUCUUUCUUGCUGGCUACUCUCCUCGCUUUGUAUCUUGAGACUCCCAACACUCACGGCUUCACGCCACGAGAAGCAUUCAAGAGCUGAGUGUUUCCCAGCCUUAAAUGUCAUUGUCACAUUCCUUGAGGAAGCUUAAAAGGGUGUCUUUGAAGCGCUUGUGUUGACCCUCCUAUGAGCACUUCCCUGUACAUCCAUGAAGAAGUUGUUUGGGAAGGGGAUUGCCAGGCAUGCGGACUGUUGGUCCUGCCCAUUGAAAUUGGGACCUUUUUUGCUGUGGCAUGAAUACCGUUCAUAUUCGACAACUUUAGGAUUUCAACAUCUGGUAUGUGCUCAAGCCAAUUCACCUUAUGAAUUUUUCUUAGACAGGUGGAAGGAGUUGAGCUUUUUGAUGUGGCGGGAAUACAAUGUCCAAGACUGGUGCAUAUAAGAGUGAAGGGGGAACUACAGCACUGUAGACUUUCAGUUUUAUGGAUAUGCCUAGUCCUGUCUACAAUAUAUUUAACAAUUCAAAUACCAAAGAAUAUAAAACAAUCUAAAUAUUUGGUCAAUCUUAUUUAGUCCACAUUAAUGGACACUAGUUUUCAGCAGUAUUUUUUAAAAGACAAUCUGACAGAAUUAUUUUUGAAACUGACUCAUUUCUGAAAUCUCUAUUUUACUCUGCUGUACAUUGUCCCUAUCUCACAGGGCUGUCCACACGGGACAUGUUCAGUGUUUUUUUUUUACCUGAACACAAUACUCAUCUCCGCAGUCAGAUCUCAAAUUGUAAUUAUUAAGCUUUGGAAUGUAUUCAAGAUUGUAGCACAAACCAGAUUCCAAUCUUUUGGUGGAUGGGGGGGAUACAUUUUACUACAACAAUUUUAGUUGUUUUUUUUCCCCUCAAUGUCCAUCAGCCUGUAUGCCGACAGUUAAGACAAAGGCAACAGUUGAGUCUCAAUAUACCAACUGCACAAAAUUGUUUAAUUCCACAAGCUUUAGAAAGAAAGAAACUGAAAUGGCUUGAUGUCAGAGUCACUUUAAUAUUUUCAUGCUUCUUGUACCUGGUUUACUGUCUGGUCACAUGACUUGAACGUAGCCAAUGGCUUCUAUUGUUGAAAGUGUUUUCAUGUAUAUUUUGACCAGUAUGAGGACGACACCUUUCUGAUGGUCAAGUCAAAUGCUUCAUAACUGGUCGUGAGGUUCACGCGCUGAACUGUCAUUCAGAUAUGCCAAUGGUCCCGGGCUCAAACCCUGCCCGCUACAAUCCCUGUCGUUCUGUGGGAGGUUUGAACUAGGAAGUAAAUUAUCUUCGGAAAACAUUUGAUCAAAGAAAGUAUUUGAAUACAUUUCAGUCUGUAAUAUUUCACACUUUGCUAAGGGAGGAUAUUUCUUUAUAUCUAGACCUAACAUGUUUUUCAACUUCAGUGAAAGAGAACCUGUUUUUUAAUAGUUUUUUUUUUAAUAGGUUUUUUUUUUGUUGUUGUUUUUUAUUGAUGUAACAUUGAAGCUAAAGAUCAGUUUUCAACAAUCAACUCUAAUCAACAUGACUUAUAUCCACUUCCAGACAUAAUCUGUAUAUUUAUUUCAUUGCCAUUAUUACCAAUAUCUUUAUUUACAUAAUUGCACCAAAAUUGAUUUAGCAGUUCAAAAUGCCAAGCCAAAAUGCCAAGCAGCUGAUUUGGCAACAUUACUCUCCACUAUAAACACGUCCGAAUUAUAAAGACCGUUUGACCAGAUUUUUUUUUUUUUUAGAGUUACUACCAAACGAUUAUUUUUAAAUCCAAUGUACUCCUGUUUGUUAUCUGCCUUAUGACUUAUGCAUAUAUAUAUUUGUUCUCAUUAUUUACCUGUUUUUUGGGUUCACCUUACAGCAUUGUUAUCUCUCUUGACUUGUUCUAGAUCUUUACAUAAGUUAUCUAUCUACACAACUUUUUGUUAAAUAAUUAGUUUAGUAUCAUUUGAUGUUUCAUGAAACGGAAAUAAAGAUUUGUUUGCAAAGUAAA